AUAACUAUCAUGUCUGUAUUUCAACAAACCGGUACCGAAGCACAUUAAACAAAAAGCAUCGGCAAGCCAAACUAAAAACGGACUAACUUGGAGUUAACUUUCUCGGUUUCUAUGACAGCCUGACGUGCUCGGGGUCCUUAUAUCAAAACUUCGUCACAGGUUUUCAAACCAGGCGCUAACGGGAAUUAAAUGGUGGCUGGAGUUUUGUGAUUAAGCCUGACGUGCUCGGGGUCCUUAUAUCAAAACUUCGUCACAGGUUUUCAAACCAGGCGCUAACGGGAAUUAAAUGGUGGCUGGAGUUUUGUGAGUAAGCCUGACGUGCUCGGGGUCCUUAUAUCAAAACUUCGUCACAGGUUUUCAAACCAGGCGCUAACGGGAAUUAAAUGGUGGCUGGAGUUUUGUGAGUAAGGUUAUUGCUGUCGAUUACCGAGGAAAUGAGUCCAAGCAAGUUUGUGGUCAAGUGUGGGAAUUUUGUGGUGCUGGUGGAUCUUCAUAUUUUGCCUCAGGGCUCCAGUAAAGACACCAGCUGGUUUGCUGAGCAGCAGAAGGAGGAGGUCAGCAUCCUCCUUCGAGAAGCAGUAGAUUUAAGAGUAAAGCAGCACCUGGAGGCUCGUAAUCAGCAUGUUCAACCUAAACCACAUAAAAAAUUAACGCAAGCAAAUCCUCUAUGCAUUAAAGGAGAACAUUUUCGUCUUGCAGCUUUCUUUAUGAAGAGGCAUGUCAAUCUGAGGUGCAUUGUAAAGGAGCAGUAUCAAGAGCUACGUGUGUUUCCUGACAAAUUCAUUGUGUGUGUGAGCCGUCAAGAGGAGGGACCCAAACACAGGACAAAUGAGAAAUCUACAGUGGAAAAACAACCCUUCACAAACAGGUCUGAAUAUUUUGCCGAUCCCUGUUUAAGUGAAGAUAAAGAUAAAUUAAACAUCUCCAACAUUACACAGAAGAAGAGCUCCUUAAAGAAGAUUGUAGAAAAGGCCAAGGGAGAUAAUGCAAGCAAACCUGAUGAGUUUGCUAUCAUGAAAACAAGGACAGGCCAUGAUAUGGAUGUGUUGCACCCCACUUCAGAACCCAGACGCAUAGUUCCAGACACCAGUGAAGGAGGAACGAGUGACUCUGAAAACAGAGUUCAAAGCAGCGUCCUGGUUCCUUUGUCAGAGCUGGGAAACUAUAUUGACAAGAGAGAGCCAGCUGGAGUCAGCAGCCAGAAACAACCUCAUUCCAUGGAGCUGCUAAACAUAGGACCACUGAGUGGGUUCCCUUCUCUGAGUUGUGAGUCAGCAUUGCCACAACCAAAACAGAGUCUGGAGAAGAGCAGAAUACAGAACAAGCGCAGGAGGCACUACUCACAGGAAGAUGGACAUAAUGCCAAGAAAGUAUUUAUUGGAGAGAGUCCAGCAACCCCCAGUGAGGUAAUAAUUAAAACAGAUUCUGCUGAGUCCUUAACACAAACAUCCAUGAAGAAGUCUCCACUUGGGUUCAAGUCAUGCUCCAAACAAGACUUAGCUGAAACCACACUGGAUGAGGACUUGCUUACUUUGGGAAAAUCUACCCUGAAACCUCCCCUUGAAAACAAUAACACAGAGCAGACAAACCAAAACAAGCUGACCACAAACAUACAGGAAUUAUCUGUCGAGCCUGUAUCCUCUCAUCCAGAUAUCAGCUGCAGACCCUCAGACAGAAAGGAGGGGGUAGAAAACGUACCCAGAAAGUCAAGAUUACGACGAUUGAAGAAAUCCUGAGGGGGACAGUGAUGAUGACGCUGAGCACUGUAGUUUGUUCUCAUUCACAAUUAAGUGUUCAUCCAUUGUAAAUACUUCUUUGACAGUACUGUGUUGUAUAUUAGUCAAGUUAAGACAACUUACAAACCACCCUUUUAAUGACACCUUGUAUGUCUGAAAAUGCAAUACUUAAUGGCUGAAAUAUUUAAAGUGCGAAAAACAAAACCGGGUACAUUUUUUUCUGCAUACAAUAACUGCAGUUUCUUUCAAAUUCACACACACGGGAGAAAUGUAAUUGCAGCAAAGAUCUUAAAGAUGUAAUCUUUUUAAAAAUAAUAACGUCUCAGUAGUGCACUAAAUUUCUCACAUUGUGCUGUCAGUCUUUUUUGUUUUCUAGACAUAAUUUUCACCUCUGAUCAGACCUGGGAUAAAUAUAGUUAUAAAUAUGGUUUGUGAAAAGUAACUAUUAUUUGAAAAUAAUUAAAUACAGAUUGCAGAAAGUAACUAUUGUUUGAAAAUAUUUAAAUAUGGUUUGUGGAAAGCAAUUAUUAUUUGAAAAUAUUUAAAUAUAUAGAUGUAGCUGAAGUACAUUGAAAUACUUUAAACUCUUCAUAAAUAUGUAACUGUAACAUACAGCAGCCUAAUUAUUAUCAUGCAUUCUAAGCAGGUUUUAACAAGCCUUGUCCUUGUUAAACACUCAAUUAUCUUUUGGAAACUGUUCUCUUUCAAUUAGAUUUAAUUUGAUCAAUUAAUUGAAAUAUUUGAAUAUUUUAUUUUAGUGGGUAAAUAUUUAAAAACAAUGAAAUAUCUUUAACCACUGGUUUAAUGGCCUGUUUUGAAGUUACUGAAUUGAACAUGUUUAGCAUUUUCCUCCUUAGAAAUCCUCCUCAACCACCAUGUGGUAAUUGCAAGACUUAGAACAUAAUUAUACUUUUAGGGUAAUAAUUAGGUUUUAGUUUGUGAUUAUUCAUGAACUAUUUGGAAAUAGUUGAAUUUUUUUUUUUUUAAUAACUUACAUAUAUUUAAAUAUUUUCAAAUAUUUGUUUUCUGCAAUUUUUUAAAAAAUAUUUUCAAUUAAUAUUUGAAUAUUUAAAAACAAAUUGAUUUAUUCGACCAUAUAUAUUUAAAUAUUUCAACUAUUUGAAAUAGUUGGUGUUAAAAUAUCAAAUACAACUAUAUUUGUCCCAGGUCUGCCUCUGAUGUAAAUAAAAACCAUUUAUCCUGCCACAUCACUAUUAACACUGUUUCCUGUCCAAGGAGGCUGUGUGGUCCAGUGCUGACUCAUUGUGUGACCCUGAGCAAGUUACUUAACCUCCUUGUGCUCCAUCUCCCAGGUGAGAUGUUGUUGUAAGUGACUCUGCAGCUGAUGCAUAGUUUACACCCCCUAGUCUCUGUAAGUCGCUUUGGAUAAAGGCAUCUGCUAAAUAAGCAAAUAAAAAUAAAUGGUCUUCCUCUGCUGUACAUAUGUGCAGAUUGGGGUUCAGAUGGGGUCCUUAUUUAUAUCUGCUGCACAGGAAGUGAACUUGAGGAAAUUAAAAUAAGUGUUCAUCAUCAAACUUGCCCUGUUGUGGAAGUAUUCAUGGGCUACAUCCAAACAAUGUGAAAAUAAAGUCUAGGGAAACUAAAAGAAAAAUGACAAGAGACUUGUGAGAAAGUUGUCAUGUUAAUGCAGAAUAAAAGUGUUAUUUUUAUAUAUUUUAUUGAUUAGUCUGAACAUUUAGACAGAGAAAGGUGAACUGUUGAUACAUGUUGAAUAAUUGCAGCUAAUAAGGCAAUUAUAAUUGAAAAACGUAUAGAGGAGAUGUUUGAGAUUUAUGCCAAGUGGAGUGUGUCUUUGACCUGGGUGGGUGCAUGAGUCUUUCACCACCCAGGUUUAGAUUAAUUGAAUUAAAAAAUAUUAUGUGAAUGCAAUUUUUUAUGAUUUUAUUGAAUCAUUUUAGUAAUCAUUGCAGCACUAAAGCUAAAGGAACAUUUCCUGCCAUUAUCAAAAUAUUAAAAUGUCUAUUUGCAAUACUGCUUUAAAAAUUGUUAGGUGGCAAAUUAUGCAGGCAUAAAUUCAAAGGGUUUUUAAGGUCAGGUUUAGCCAGUGGUAAUAGAAAUAGGGUCAUUCCCAUUCCUAGCGAACUGAGGAUUCCUCUAUGAAUAAUGCACAGGAUAGAUCUGACUAGAGGUAAUCAGACGACUCAGCUUGGAGUAUGGACCACCCAGAAAUGCCUAGGAAACGUUGGAUGCCAAAGGCGGGGUGUUCUUUAAACUCCCAGGCUGAUCCAAAUGGGAAAUGGACCAUGAGGUUUGUGAAAUUGGUUUAAGUGAAUUUCAAAAAAGAAAAAAAAAACACAGAUCAUUGUGUGCACCCUUAGGUAAUUUUUUUGAGAAAAAAUGCACAUCUGUGCUUUUAGUAAUUGUAUGGGUAGUUUGUAAAGGAAUACCGAAAUGAUUCGACAUUAGAUGAUUUAAUUCAUACACCUAUGUGGAUAAUUACUAUUACUCUACAAGUGCUAAGUGAAUAAAAUGUUGAUUAAUAAUGUAUUUCAUCCUAUUAUAAGAAAAGCUGUUAAGUUUUUAUAUCUUUGUGUCCUGAUUUUUUUCAGAUAAAUACUUGCUGUAUAAAUGUAGAUUCAUACAAAUAUUUGUUUCCAACCUGAGAUUUUAUUGUAUCUUUUGCUGUUUGUUUUGCAUUUGUUUCGUUAACUGACUCAUCAUUCAUUUGUCCAUAAAAGCACACACGGUUCAGCUUUCUUUGUUGCUACAACCAAACCAUACUAAGCAAGGCUUGGUUUUUGAUGUUAUUUUAUCAAGCAAUGCUGUAGGAAAACCAGUCUUUCUUGGCCAGAAUUACAGAACUGAUGUUGGAACAGAUGUAUUAUACUUUCUUGGGCCUUAGUGCUUUAACGUGUUGUUUUCCUGAAAAUGUGUGCAAUAAAUAAAGUGUUUUAAAAGAAUAAGGAAAGUGGUCA